GGGACAGGGAAGGGAUCAGUGAUGAGGAGUGAUGGGGCUGGAGGUUAAUCCUUGCCACCUGAAAGACUCAAACACACAGUUCUGUGAGACAGCCAGAAUUACUGAAUCCAGGAGACUGAAGAUGCUGCUGCUGCUGCUGUGGGAGCAGCUGUUCCUGGUGUCAUUUGUUGGCUGCCUUGCAGAUGUGGAGAGCUCCAGGACGAGGAUGAGGAGCGCGGUGUCGGUGCGCGAAGGCCAGGGCGUCGUGCUGCUCUGUGGGACCCCGCCCCGGGCUGGAGACCUGUCGUUCGCCUGGAUCUUCAACGAGUACCCGUCGUUCGUGCAGGAGGACAGCCGGCGCUUCGUGUCCCAGGAGACGGGGCACCUGUACAUCGCCAAGGUGGAGCCCUCGGACGUGGGCAACUACAGCUGUGUGGUGACCAGCAGGGCCAGCAGGAGCCCCGUGCUGGGCUCCCCCACGCCCCUGGUGCUGCGCACGGACGGUGUGAUGGGGGAAUACGAGCCCAAAAUAGAAGUUCAGUUCCCUGAGACCCUGGCAGCAGCCAAAGGCUCCACUGUGAAGCUGGAGUGCUUUGCACUGGGAAACCCCGUGCCUCAGAUUAACUGGAGAAGAACUGACGGGCUGCCAUUUCCAAGUAAAAUAAAGCUGAGGAAAUCCAAUGGCAUGAUUGAAAUCCCUAAUUUCCAGCAGGAGGAUGCAGGGCUUUAUGAAUGCAUUACUGAAAACUCCAGGGGCAAAAACAUUGCAAGAGGACGUCUCACUUACUAUGCAAAGCCUCACUGGGUGCAGCCCAUACAGGAUGUGGAGGUUGCUGUGGAGGACACCUUGUUCUGGGACUGCAGAGCCAGUGGGAAGCCCAAACCCUCCUACAGGUGGCUGAAGAAUGGAGAGCAGCUGGCAAUAGAGGGAAGGAUCCAAAUUGAAAAUGGUGCACUUACAAUAUCAAAUCUAAAUCUGACAGAUUCUGGCAGAUACCAGUGCAUAGCUGAAAAUAAGCAUGGUGUCAUCUCUUCGAGUGCAGAGCUCAGGGUUGUAGCUUCUGCUCCAGAUUUUUCCAAGAGUCCAAUGAAGAGACUGAUCCAGGUUCAGAUAGGCAGCACAGUUGAUUUUGAGUGCAAACCCAAAGCUUUCCCCAAGGCCAAAUGUUCCUGGAAGAAGGGAGGUGAGCAGCUGCAGGAAAAUGAAAGGAUCAGCCUGUUAAAGGAUGGAGGGCUGAGGGUGGCCAACGUGACCAAGGGGGAUGCUGGCACCUACACCUGCCUGGCCACAAACCAGUUUGGAACAGCCAGGGGCUCCACCAGCCUGGUGGUUACAGAGCCAACCAGGAUCACCUUGGCCCCUUCCAACCUGGAUGUGACCGUGGGGGAGAGCGUGGUGCUGCCCUGCCAGGUGCAGCACGAUCCCCUGCUGGACAUCAGCUUCACCUGGUACUUCAACGGGAGCCUCACCGACUUCCAGAGGGACGCAUCCCACUUCGAGAAGGUUGGAGGGAGCGCAUCAGGGGAUCUGAUGAUCAGGAACAUCCAGCUGAAGCACAGUGGGAAGUACGUGUGCAUGGUGAAGACAGAGGUGGACAGCGUGGCCUCUGCUGCCGACCUCAUCGUGAGAGGCUCUCCUGGGCCCCCUGAGCACGUGAGGGUGGACGAGAUCACGGACACCACAGCCCAGAUCUCCUGGCAGGAGGGCACGGACAACCACAGCCCCGUGACCACCUACACCAUCCAGGCCAGGACGCCCUUCUCCGUGGGCUGGCAGAGAGCCACCACAGUUCCGGACGUGAUCGACGGCAGAACUUUCACGAGCACAGUAGUGGAUUUAAAUCCUUGGGUUGAAUAUGAAUUUCGUGUAGUUGCCACCAACAAAAUAGGAGGUGGAGAGCCUAGUUUGCCCUCAGAAAAAGUAAGAACUGAAGAGGCAGUUCCUGAAAUUCCCCCCUCUGAGGUCAGUGGGGGAGGAGGCAGCAGGUCUGAGCUGGUCAUAACGUGGGAUCCCGUCCCUGAGGAGCUGCAGAACGGGGAAGGAUUUGGGUACGUGGUGGCUUUCCGCCCCUCGGGCACCUCGACGUGGAUCCAGACCGUGGUGACCUCCCCUGACACCCCCAGAUACGUCUUCAGGAACGAGAGCAUCCUGCCCUUCUCGCCCUACGAGGUCAAGGUCGGCGUCUACAACAACAAAGGAGAGGGGCCCUUCAGCGCCGUGGCCACAGUGUUCUCAGCUGAGGAAGAGCCCAGCACGGCCCCCUCAGGAGUGUCUGCCACCAGCCUGUCCUCCUCAGCCAUCCAGGUGUCCUGGACAGCCAUUCCCUGGAAGAUGAGCAAUGGGAGGCUGCUGGGCUAUGAGGUUAGGUACUGGAAUAAAGGCCAGAAAGAAGAAUCUUCCAACAGAGUGAAAGCAGCAGGGAAUGAAACAUCAAUAAAAAUUACGGGGUUGAGGAGCAACCUGGAUUAUUACACAGCUGUGCGUGCCUACAACAGCGCUGGGGCAGGGCCCUUCAGUGCCACCGUCAAUGCCACCACCAAAAAGCCACCACCCAGCCAGCCUCCAGGAAACGUGGUGUGGAAUGUCACAGAGUCCAGGGUGCUGCUGAGCUGGGAGGAGGUCAGAGCCAUGGACAACGAGUCCCAGGUCACGGGCUACAAGGUGCUGUGCAGGAGCAGCCAGGGCGGGCUGCAGGUGCUGACCACGGCGGGCACCACGGCCGAGCUGUGGCUGCAGCUGCAGGACGAUUAUCUCAUCGAGGUCAGGGCCACCACCGAGGGCGGCGACGGCAGCAGCAGCCAGCAGAUCCUCAUCCCCAGGCUAGCCAGUAUGGAUGCAAGAGGUUCUGGACCAUCAGUGUUGAGUAUCUUCAGUGUCUCCAGCUUCUUAGCAACAAUAUUUUCCUUGACCCUUAAUUCUGUGUUGUGCUGAUAUAUUUGCAUUUGCUGGGGGAAAAAAAAAUUGGUUACUAAAGUGCAUUUUUUAAAAAAACUGCAGUGGUUAAUGCAUGUUUUUUCUUCUAUCCUGACGUGUUUUUAAAUUCUUUAUAUUUCACUGUAAGUUGAAGUAAAAAAUACCAUGUAAAGUUUAGCAAAUCCUUUAAAAAGGAAUCUGAAAUGCCUUAAUACUUGAACCAAAGGAGUUUACAUGUUACAUACUUCAGAUACAGUGUGAGAGAGGGGGAGGGAUGGCACUGUGAGGUCAGGGCAAUGAGGGAGAGUGAGAAAAAACAUUUUUACAGCGGCCCUGAAUUGUUCUGGGUCUGUUCUGCAUUGCUAAAAUAGCAUUUGACAUGGAAAGGAUGAAAUCAGAGCUGGGGCUGUUAUCAGCUGGAGUUGAUAAUGGCUGCUCCCAAGGCAGUGCCAUCACCCUGGAGUUGGGAUCAUUUCCCUGCUGCCCUUUGUGGGAGUUGCUCUAAAUGGAAAGAAAUCCCAAAAGAAAUCUCCUUCAAAGAAAUCCCACCUGGAGCAGGGCAAAGGCUCCGUGCUGCUGCUGAGAAAUGAUCUCCCAGCUGUGAUCUGGGGAUGGUUUUGUGCUGCCUCUCAGUAAAUUCUGAAAUUCAUGUCCUCAUCUCCCCACCAUGCCUUCCCUACCCAGGUUCUUUGUUCACAGCCAAACUCUCCCACCCUGAGGGUGCUGUGCUUGCCCUGCUGCCAGUGUCCAGGGGCUCAGGUGCCCACCUG